AUGGCCCACUUCAGUGACACUUAUAUCCUCCGUCAAUCAACAACCUCGUUUAUUCAUAUACCGCAAGACACUCCUAGCUCCUACUCCUGCCCCUCGCAUCUGAAUAGCAUCAUGAGAGCAGUCAGGUUCCACGGGCGCCGCGACAUUCGCAUCGACCAGAUCGACGAACCUGUCUGUGGAGAAGGUCAAGUUAAGAUCCGUCCAGCCUUUGUUGGGAUAUGCGGUAGCGAUCUCCACGAAUACCUAUCCGGCCCAAUCGUGAUCCCAACGACGCCGCACGCCCUCACAGGCGCCCAGCUCCCCGUCACGCUGGGCCACGAGUUCAGCGGCACAAUCGAGGAAGUAGGGCAAGGUGUCACCGGCCUCAAGGUCGGGGACCGGGUGGCUGUUCGACCAAACCUGUCGGAUGGAACCUGCAACUCCGGAGGCCUAUCAGACCACGUCUCCGUCCCCGCAAAACACGCGAUCGUGCUGCCGGAGAGUGUCCCGCUUGACCUUGGUGCACUCAUCGAACCCCUAACGGUAGCCUGGCACGCCGUAGCCCGCAGCCCCCACGGAACCGCACAAACAGCACUCGUAGUCGGGGGCGGCCCCAUCGGCCUCGCAGUCGUGCAGGUCCUCAAAGCCCGGGGCCUGCAAACCGUCAUCGUCGCCGAGGUCUCCAGCCAUCGUCGCGAAUACGCCCUUACCCUCGGCGCCACACAUGUCUUCAACCCUCUCACAGACGACGUGGUCAAGGAGGUCCGCGCCCUGACAAACGACGCCGGCGCGGAUAUCAGCUUCGAGUGCUCAGGCGUGCAGGCGGGAUUCGACACAGCCAUGAACGGGAUCCGGGUGCGGGGGACAACGACGAUCGUGUCGCUUUGGGAGAAGAAGCCGGUCAUCGAUGCGUUCGAUGUUGUUUCGUACGAGAAGCAUGUUAUUGGGGCGGCGAUCUGCGAGGAUGGGGACUUUGAGGCCGUCAUCGCCGCGAUUGCGGAGGGCAAACUCAACCCGCGCCCCAUGAUCACCAGCAUGAUUGCGAUGGAGGAGGUCGAGGAAAAGGGGUUCAAGGCGCUUGUCGACGAGAAGGAUAAGCAUGUCAAGAUCCUGAUUGAUAUUGCCGCAUGA